AAGCAGAGUGUUACUUUAAACAGCUUAAUAUUGUACAAGAUAAUGGAAGACUUCAGAAAUAUUGCGGAUGAGACAUUUCCAAGCUUCUUGGGCAAUUCACUAAGUAGCAGUACAAAUGUAACUUUUGAAAAUGUCACAAUUUCCUCAAACCCUGGCUUACCUGUUGCAGCUUCAACUGUUGCCAGGAGUAAAACAGACUGUGACAACAGGCUUUCUGAUGUCCAGGCAUCUUAUUUAGAAGAAGGUAAAUGUUCACUUUCAUCAGGAUCUUCUCGCAGUACUCAAUCUGAUCCAGAACCAAUGAGGAGAUUUGCCCUCAGUUUUCAGGAUGACAUGGAAGUUGUUACACAAAUUAAAGAACCUCAGUCUACUUCUGUUAGUCUGAAACAGUCCCACUCGGUAUCUGGAGAGGAAGACCAGAAUGUCAUGGAACAUUCAAAUCACAGUCAAGAUACCUUGCUUGAGGUAUUACCACUUGAACGAUUGGAAGAUUUGUCAACUGGAAUGUGUUUGCUUCCAAGCAGUACGAAUAAUGAGGUUGGUGCACUUGAACCUUCUGAAAAGCUGAUAGAAGGUGAAAUCUUAAGUGAGCAUCUCAGCACUAGCCUUUCAAGUUUUUUAGAGAAUGAGAAACUCUCAUCUCUUGGAAGCUUAGAAGGAGACUCCACUGAUGAUGAUAUUGAUGAUGAAGAGUUCUUUGAUAACCAGCUAGAAGCCUAUUUUGAGCAGCUGCUACCACCGGAAGUGACAAGAGGAGACACCAAUGUGCAGGAACUCUCAGAACGCUGUACGGCACUGAAGCUUUCUGAAAAUGGCUUCCUUCAAGAGGACUCUUGGGUUCCUGGUGCUUAUCAGGCUGUUACAGGAGGAGACUCUGGGAAUGCUAGUGAUGAAGAUUCACAAAAACAAGAGAUAACUGGAUGUCCUGUACAGAGAGAAACACUGCCAAGAACAGUACGGCAACUGAGUUCCGUGACUGAUGGUGAUGUGCUAGAUUCCUGCAGUGCUGCUGAGUUGAAAUUAGAUUCACUGUAUCUUCAGUGCAUGGACAGCCAUAAAGCUGAUGUUCUGGGUGCUCUCCCAAAGCAAGAAAUAAAAUCAUCUGAGUGUCAAGUUUCUGCUUCUGAUGCAGAAAUACUACACCCAGCAGAUGGAUUUAUGGGGUAUUACACCACUCCUAAGAUUCCCCUUAGUGCACGUGCAGCUACAACAGAUGCAGAUUCAAAUGAGCGUGAAGUUGGUCUGGCUGAUACUUACCUGUCUCCAACUGCAGACAGCUGUGAGGAUACAUGCUUAUCUACAAAAGACAAAGGUGAUACAGCUCACAGCAUUGUUUAUCAAAAUGAAGAAGGCAAGUGGGUGACUGACCUUGCAUAUUAUACCUCAUUUAAUGAAGAGCAAGAUUUAAAUCUGUCUGAAGAUAAUAAAAUAAAUGAGGAGUUCAUAACCGGAUCUGAAGCAGCAGCUAUGAUUGCACAAGACCAGGAAGAAUUUGAGAAAGCUCACAGGCUUGUACAGACGGAAAAAGCAGACUUUCUAAAUGCAUCUGAAUUAGCAGAUUCUUCAUGGAAAUCUGCCAAUAACUGCAUUCUGCUGAGAACAUCUGAUCUUAAUAAAGAUGCCAGUUAUUUACGCUUGUCUUUGGGAGAGUUCUUUGGUCAGAGAUCUGAAGCUCUUGGUUGUCUUGGUGGAGGCAGUGAUGUGAAACGGCCAUCUUUUGGCUAUCAUAUUACAUCUCCAAAGAAGAGGCAACCUGUUGCUUUGUUAAGACAGUCUGAUGCAUCAGGAGGUUAUGCUGGCCAAGAGACUUCACAAUUUUCUGAAAUGUUUCCAGAUGAUGUGGUAGUACAUGUAAAAGAACAUGCAAAUUCUGCCAACAGUGAAAAUGGAUGGCAUAGAAUGGAGACUGUAGCUGGAAUACAUAAAAGCUUUAAUACAGAAACUGCUACCAAAAAUAAAGCAAAGGACGGAAUUCAUAAAGGCAAGCUUGAAGACAGUUCAUCUGAUCAUUCAGACUCUGUCCUGAGUAUUAGUACAAUUGCCUCUGCUAUUGCAAAUGCUUCUGCCAGUACCGAUCCUUCUCAGCUAGCUGCUAUGAUGAUGGCACUCUCAAAUAAAAGUAAAAAGAAAUGUUGCCUUCCUGGAAUUGUUAAAGACCUGGAACUAUCUGCUAAUCGGGUUUCGUCCAGCAAUGUGGAAAAUAGCACAUUUGAUAUGGAAAAAUACCUCAAAAAAACAGAUGAGACUGGACAUGAAAGUGAGUACGAGGGCAUUGUGAAACAUGAAGCGUCUGUCCAGAACGUUAUUUGUGAUAGCCUUGUUGUGGAUAAAAAUGAAGAUACUCUUACAGAAGAUUUGUUAAAUAAUCAUAGCAAGCAGCAAGAAAUAGAGAAGCAGUUUGUGGAUUAUUUUCAUGAAAAAGAUGGCAUUCAGGGUUUCUCUUGUCCAUCCAGUGUUCUCAAGGAUGGAGACAGAACUGCAAAUAGUGCUAAAUGUUCAGAAAAAUUUUCUGAUUUAAUAAAUGGUAAACAUUCACAGUCAGUGAGAGCUAAUCUUGUAUCAGAUAUGCUUGAUACCCUCAGCUCACCUACUGGAAAUGGAGCAAAAGCAUGUGGAACUCCAUUAGCAACAAAAAUAGGAAUAGCAGAGAGAGGUCCGUUUCCCUACCAAACCAACGAUCUUAUUACCAGGUGUUCUAGAGAAGAUGCAGAAACAGUAGAUCAGGCAACAGAUGCUGUUCCUGAACCAUAUAAUAGUUUGAAAAGAAUUACAGGAAAUGCUAUGCCACUCAGCAGCUUAGACCCUGACAAGCAAUCUAGCACAUGUAUGUCAGUAAGUCCUACAAAAGCAAAGCCUCUGCAGAAAUUGAACAUUGAUGAAAAGAACCAAGAUGAAAAAACAGAAGAGAGAAACAGAGAUACUGGUACUGCUUGCAGUGGGAAUGUGAAACAUGUAACUUUUGAGACUGUCUCCAUGACUUCCCAGAAUAGUAGUGAACAUAAACUCUAUCUUCCUGAAUGUGACUUGCAGUCUUUAGAGGAUGAGCAGUGCAGCUUCAGACCUUCAACUUUACCACUAAUUCACUCAUCGCCUAGUGAUACUUCUGGAACAACGUUUUCGGGAUCUGAGACUGAUUUUAUUUGUACAUCACAUUGCCAAAAGUCCUGCAAUGAAAGCGUACUUCCUCAGUCAGUGUACUCAAGUCCUAGCAUGAGCAGGUUAACAUAUGUCUCUGCAUCUGACAGUACCCUUAAGAAUAUGUCCAUAAUACAUAAUCCAGAGAUGUGUUGGAGUGAAAAUGCCAGUGAACUGAGCACAACAAUAAUUCGAGCCAGUCCAACUCCUUUGCUGGAACACAGAAAUGAAAAUCUAAAAGGCUACUCCUGUCAAAGAAAGAAAAAAGGAACACUACUUAAUAUUGAUCAGAAAUCAGAAGAAAGAGAACUUUUAAGUCUUAAAAGUAAACUUGAAAAUGAAGUAUUGGGUGAAAAACUAUGCAAGGAAGGUUUUUCAACAAAUGAAAAUCAGGUUGCAUCCAGUCUUUCAAAUAUAACAACAAAUCCUAAAGAGUUAGACCAUGUUAAAUCAGCUUUACCAAGUAAAUCAUGCAUCUUUCAGCCACUGUCUGAUAAUGUUGAUAAACAAGAAGCAUGGGAGGAUCAUACAAGCAAAGCACAGAGAUCAGGACUACCAUCCUUAAACAUAUUGCCCAUGUAUCCUGGAUUAAGCAGUUAUAUUCCAUUAAAUCAGAAUGAUGAACAGUAUCUUCCUAUUUCAAGCUUUAAAUCCCAUGUCACUGCUUCCGAGAGUCAAACAACUUCAUCUGUUCCCACAUUGCUUACAGGAUGUUCACUUGCAACAGCUCCAUUUGCACAACAGCACCUGGGAAAUAUACCAUCUACUGGAAGUGCAGCUUUGUCUCAGCUUCAUGGUGGCAGCUCUGCGGGUUUUGGCCUCCCAAGAGGGCUUCCUGGCUCUGGUAUCCCAGCAGGACGUGUUCAGGAUCCAGUUACUUUAGGAAUUCCUUUAGGUCCAAAUACUGGUCCUGAAUCUCUGAGUGCGUCUUCACUUUGUAAUCCACAUUCUACUUGGAAUAAGAAUAUUUUAAAUGUAAAAUCAUAUACUGGACAACCUUUUGGAGUUGGUAGAAAUGAGUGGGAGUCGCCAGUGUCACCUGGUUUUGGACAUGUGAAAGUACCAGAAGAGUUGAAAUUCCCUAAUGCUUGUUGUGUGGGAAUUGCAUCACAGACAACUCUUAGCAUUUUUAAUCCAACUGAACGGUGGUUGCAGAUCUGCAUUGGCGUAAUUAGUAUUUCAGUUAAUGGGGAAAAGAUGGAUCCUGUGAAAUACCAAUGUCUUGUGUUCAAGAACAAAACCAUCAUAGGACCUCAUUCUACUGAUGACCUGAAAAUACUUUUCUUACCUUGUCAUUCGGGGAUCUUUCAGUGCAUUCUCAGUAUUUCAUCUUGGCCAGUUUCUGCAGAUGCUGAGACAAUAGUUCAGGCAGAAGCUUUGGCAAGUAGAGUAGUUCUGACAGCAGUUGCAGAAAAUCCUAAUAUAGAAGUGGAAAUGGGAAGAACAAAUUGCUUGGAUUUUGGUGACUUGACUUCUGGCAGCUGGAAGGCUCUUCCACUAAAACUUAUCAACAAAACCCAUGCUUUUGUGCCAAUUAGACUUAUUAUCAAUGCAAAUGCAGUAGCUUGGCGUUGCUUCACAUUUUCCAAGGAACCAGUUAAUCCUUCUAAUGAAUGCUCGUUCCAAAUGGAUGCAGUUUCUCAGAUAGCAGCUCCAUCAGUUGUAAAUCAUGUGAUACAUGCAAGCUAUGAUGGACAAGAUCCUGAAGCUUUAACAGUUUGGGUUCUGUUCCAUGCACCUAAGAAACAAAUUUCUGCUUUAGAUACCUUAGGUCCAGCAGAUGAAUUCUUGGCCAGAGUUGAUGUGGAAGUGGAUAGUCCAGGACCUAGUAGUGUGAUUAAAAGUAUUCCUCUUCGAGCAAGAGCUGGAACGGCGAGGAUACAUGCUCCAAAGGACCUACAGACAAUAUGUCUAUCUGCUAGUGUGGGUUCUUCAUCCAAACAACAGCUGCCAUUGAAAAAUGCUGGAAACAUCAGUGUAUGUUUAAAAGUUAAGACAUCAGAUCAGGACAGCUGCUUUUCUGUUGAACCUGAGGAUCUUUUUCUUCUUCCUGGAGAAGAACAAGAAGUGACUGUCCUGUUUUUUCCAAAAAACUUAAAGAAUGCAGAAAGUAUUUUGAAAAUCCUUGUGCUGCCUUCUGGGCCUCAGUAUGAAGUGGUGCUGAAGGGUGAAGUGGAGAGUGUGGAAAACAGACCAGUGUCCACGGCUGCUGGCUGCAGAGACAUCCCGCCCAUUCUUUCCAACAAGCAGUUCAUUGCCUGGGGAGGAGUAACACUUGGAAGAUCAGUUCAGCAGAAGUUAACUCUAAGAAAUAACUCUCUGUCUGUGACCCAACAUUUAAGAUUAUUGAUAAGAGGCCAGGAUCAGGAUUGCUUUCAGUUGCAAAGUAUAUUUGGAUCAGAGGAACGCUUAACUAGUAAUUGGGAGCUCAAAAUCCGUCCCAAAGAAGAUACUAAUAUAUACUUGAUGUUUGCACCUACUCGUGUAACUUGCAUGUUUGCCAAGCUGGAAAUCAAACAGCUGGGGAUUCGAUCACAGCCAGGAAUUAAGUUUACUAUACCUCUGUCUGGAUAUGGAGGAACAAGCAAUAUCAUUUUAGAAAAUGUUAAAAAACUGUCGGAUGGUUACUUGAUAACACUGGAUGGAAUAUUGCCUGCAAGAUUAAGGAAAGUUUCUUUCCGCAUAAGAAACACAGGUUCUCGCGCUGCUUAUGUUAAAGCAUUGUGUUUUGCAGACCUUGAGACAAAAACAGCUAUGGAUCCUCACACAAUGACAGUGUCUCCAGAAAAAUUUGUGCUAAAAGAAGGAACACACAAGGUGAUUACUGUAACGUGGAAUCCUGUGGGAAAAGAAAAAAACUUACGUAAAACAAACACAUUAUCAGCAAUAUGUUUUUUUUGUGGAGAUGAAAUUUCCAGACAGCAAUAUCGUAGAGCCAUGAUGUAUAACCCUCAAGUAGCAAAAUAUAUAGUCCCAGAAAACAGUCUGUUGAGAAAUGUCGUAUUUGAUGAAGAAUUUCAAGGGGAGCAGCUAGUGAUGGAAGUGUACGAUAUCCCAAGGAGGGCAAAUGACAUCCAUCUCUUCUAUGGAAGUAUGCGUAAGGUUAUCCUUGCUGUAGUUGGACAUACAGUUUUUGAUCAGGCUGAUUCUCAGCAGUCUCCUCAAUGUCAUGUGGAAUCAGACAGAUGUGGCAACUCUGUCAGGCAUAUCAAUGCAACUUUGGAUGUUCUUCCUGUUAAAGGACCGCAAGGUCCUCCAUUACCCAUAAAAACUGAGGAUAUCAUUCAGAAUAAAUUAUUUAAUCAACAGACUUGGAAUGUUAAACCUGAAUACUUGAUUUUGACAUCUCCUUCUAUUAAUGGAACAGCUGAUACUGGACACGUACAAAUUAUCAACAAUUCUAAUAGGAUGUUGACAUUUGAGCUUUCUUGGCCAGCUCACUGCCUUACUAUAACCCCACAACAUGGAAAUAUUGAACCAGAGAGCAGCACACUAAUUCUGGUGAGUCCUAAUCCAUCACUUGCUACAAAACCUUCAGUAAUCCCUUGGAGUGGCCUCAUUUAUAUACAUUGUGAUAAUGGACAAAAGCUUGUCAAAGUGCAGAUUCGAGAGGCAGUUGCACAGGAUGUGUCUGAGGCAGGCUCUCCAUCUAGAAAAUUCGAUGCAUUCGCUCUACCAUCUGAAAAUACUAAUACUCAUGUGGUGAAACCUCUUUCAAUGCACUUUUUAACAAAAAUGGAAAUAAAGAACAGAACUGUUGUUUUUCCUAAAACAGAAUCUGGUGAGAGCUCAGAGAGUUAUCUGGAAAUGGAAAAUAAGGGUGAUGAAAACCUGAAGUGGCAUUUGUCAUCAUUUGCACCCCCCUAUGUUAAGGAUGUGGAUGAAAGUGGUCAUGUUUAUAGGGUUACUUACUCCGCUUUCAGAUGUUCCCGUGUUGCUGGUAUGCUUGAAGCUCAUGGAAAAGAGAAGGUUGCUUUACUCUUUCUACCCAGAGAUAGAGGAGAUUACUCCCAGUUCUGGGACCUUGAGUGUUACCCAGUUGAAAAACCACAUAGGAAACACAAAUUAAGAUUUCAGCUUUCUGGAGCAGGUACUAAAACAGAAAAUAAAACUUUAAUUUUGAAAGCUUCCACAGAUGCCCUCACAGAAACUGAGCUUCCACCUAUACCAGAAAGGAAGGCUUACUCUGAAGCAUCUACAGUUAAAGCAGGACAAAAUAGGAUAAUUCGAGGAUUGUAUGCACCGGAAGACCUGUACACGUUUCCACCAACCAGAGUUGGGGAGUCACGCACAUUAAAGGUUAACUUGCGGAAUAAUUCUUUCACGACACACUUUCUGAGAUUUGUAAGUCCUGGAGAACCUUUCUACAUCAAGCACUUGAAAUACUCUCUAAGAUCGCAUCAUUACAUCAACGUGCCAGUCCAGUUCAAGCCAAAGGCGGAAGGCAGAUUUGAAGCUCUCUUGGUUGUACAAACAAACAAACAUGGCUGUCUUGGUAUUCGGCUAUGUGGUAAAGCUGUUGCAAAAGAAUAGACAGAACAGUUCUAUAACAUACCAUUUAAAGUAAUCAAAGAUUUGCUACUACAGUUCCAUAUUAACUUCCCCUAUUUCUUUAGCCAGUGAUGCUGCUUUGAUGGAAGGUCUUUUGGAAGGUGAAUCAUGGUGCUUGUUUUACAAAUCUGUUUUCAUAGUAAAGAAAAAAAAAGUCUGAGAAAUAACAUUACAAGUUUUAAAGUUGUGUUCUAACUUACAUUACUGCACUUUUGUUAAAAGGGGAAGUUUUCUAUUUUUGCAUUUAUUAGGAGUGGCUA